GUGAUUUCCAGAACUCUUGCUCUUUUUUCUUUAGAAAUUGAGUGGCAAUUGUAAUUACUGGCCAGCCAUGGCUCUCUUAGCUGGUCAAAUUCGGCCGUUAAGGUCUGGGGGCAUUGCCUUUGUUUGGACGAUGAGGAAGACACCUCCUUUGUAUGGGCAUGACCGAACACGAUGAUGGGAACAAAAACACCAACGCAUGCUCUACGGAGCGACGCGAUUGGCAUUCCACGAUGGCUAGACAUGCCUUACAAACCUCGCCAAUGCGACGACACGAGCCAUGUCUCUGUUAGAGUUCAGUGCAAGGCGGCUCUGCCUCUGGGUUUUGAUAUGGGUUGGGCUCCCUGUCCAGGGAAAGGCAGAAAUACUGGUAAUAGGAACGCCGGCUAUUCCGGGCACCUCGAUCUUGACCUCGACGAUUACUCUCACAACUACGGUGGAGUACAGGCCGUCGCUGGUUCCAGGAAACUCUCAGUACACGUUGGUGGGAUGUUAUAGCCCACCGUCUAAAGAUGGGGAACAUAUAUUCGGACCUGAGGACUAUGAUGCGAUCUCGGAAGACAAACCUCUACGAGGCAAUCUUACGAUAGAUAGCUGUCUACAAGGCUGCGGCUCGGCAAUGCCGCCGAAGAAAGAAGCACAAACUUACAUAUACGCCGGGCUACGGAAUGGGAGUGAAUGUAGAUGCGGUAAUGAUCUGUCUACAGACCUCCAUAAACUUCAAGAUAACAAUUGCAUGGCACCUUGCUCGGGAGACCCCAGGCUAUCAUGCGGAGGACGGGUCAACAUCGCCGUUUAUAGCCUUAAGUCAGCGAACAGCCAAACGAAGCAUCCUGCUACUACUACCACUGCCAACCCGUCGACAUCAGCGUCGUCUACUGCCGAGACCAAGAGCACAACUUCGCAAGAAACAUUUCCUUCUUCCGUGCUACCUGGCAAACCCGCAUCGACGCCAACAGUCGCCGCCAUAACGGGCAGCCUUUCGGGCGCAGUUCUCGUAACCGCCGGCGUAUUCCUCUGCUACCGCGCGCACAUACGCAAGAAGCGAAUCCAAGAUGCACACGUGAAGUCGAUGCUAGACCGCCAUGGGCGACGAUCUAUACAAACCCCAAUAUUCACCCAGGCCGAGGUCCACAACCAAGCAGCCCAAUUCGUUGCGCCGAGGCACGAGCAAGGUGGCACCGGGAAAAGCAAGCAUACUGAGUACAGCGGCGUUGUCCCGAGCACGCCCGCCCUGGAGUCAGGCGGCAGGUCCUCAGCAGGCCUGCAUCCAUGGCGAGGCUCGCGGACAGCAGCGACAUGGGAAGAGCGGGACAGCAUCGAAAUGAUGGGACAAGGGCGGCGUUCUCCGCCAACGACACCGCGUAUCAGCGCUCAGGCACAAGCUCACGCACAUGUAGAAGACGCUACUAGUUCAGCCGUGCAUUGGCGACGACCAAGCAACCCCAACGACGGCUCUUCCUCACCCCAGUCAUCGACGACACACAAACGCACGAGAUCAUCGCAGAUCAUCGCGCCGCCGCCGCUGUCAGCGAGGGUCGACGGUCUGGGCGAACGCGCAUGGCAUCGGCGGAAGCUUUCCACGCCGUACCAACCGCCGGUGGGCGUAGGAAGUAUUGCCCGCGCUGGCGCCCCAAGUGGUCCGCCCGCCGGGCCUUUGCCUCCCGUGCCCCAAGCGCAGCCACACCCAAGACAGGAAGCUGUAAAAGAGACGAGUGCGCCACCACCGCGUCCCAGACGGUCCUUCGACACGAUGGAAUUCGAGCCCGAACUAGAGGAUUUCGACGCGUCGGGCUGGGGAGCGGAUGUUACGAAGGAAUGGAGUCCCCUCGGGACGUCCCUGAACAAGAGCACGCCGUCUCUGGGGCGGUACGGCUCGCUGUCGAGGUCCCGACGGGCGAACACGGAGUCUCCGGUCCUAGGGUGGCGGACGCCCCCUGGUCGCAGCGAACUUGAUGCGGGUGGGAUGUCGGGGGUGAAUAGCACGCCGGUUCUUCCGCCUGUGGCGCCAGGGGAGCGGUUCGACCACAGGCGAUGGAGGGGCACGUCGUACGCGGAGCCGCACGAGCAUGAAAGGGAAACGCAAGGGGGCAGGUCGCAGCGUGGCGAAGGGGAUGAUAGAUCUCCUCUGUCGGCGUCGUCUACGGGUACGAGUAUCCUGUUCGGUCUUGAGGAGUUCAAUCGUCGAUUAUAAGGGAUGUGAAUUUACAGAAUGAUGGAAUAAGGCUGGUUUUUUUUAAAUCUUUUUUUUAAUUUUUUCUUUCUUUUUCAAGGAAUGAGAUUUUAGUUGUGCGAAUAUUAGUGUACAUACAAACAUCUAUAUGAUACCCAAAGAUAAAAGUCAUGAUCCUAUCCUU